GUGUCAAUGGGAAACAUCACUUUUAUAAAGGAUUUUGUCAUUUCUGGCUUUCCAGGACUUCAGCCUCGAUAUUACGGCAUUGUCUCAGCAGCCCUGUUUUUUGUUUAUGUGUGUACACUGAUGGGAAAUGCUGUAUUUAUAACAUUAUUUGUAUUAUCUAAGAGCCUUCAAAAGCCUGUAUAUUACUGCAUUGUCAAUCUUGCAGUGUGUGAUGUACUCUUCAGCACCACUGCAUUACCAAAGAUAAUCAGCAGGUAUUGGUUUGAAGAUGGAUCUGUUUCAUUUUUGGGCUGCUUUCUUCAAAUGUUUUUUGUGCAUUAUUUUGGUGCAGUCACUGCACGUCUGUUGUCAGUUAUGGCUAUAGAUCGCUAUGCAGCCAUAUGUUUCCCACUACGAUAUCACAGCAUUAUGACAGACAGAAAUGUUUUCAUUUUAAUCUUUGGCUGUUGGAUUGUGGGUUUAAUCGGCCCUUUGAUGAUGGUAAUAAGAGCUUACCCACUCCCAUACUGUGCAGGAAACACUAUUGUACAUUGUUACUGUGAUCAUAUUGCCAUAAUAGCACUGGCAUGCACUACCAGAGAAGACUAUGUUCAACCUACUUUCAUUAAUGUAAUGAUAGUGCUGCUGGGUUCACUUGCCAUUAUUGUUUUCUCUUACUGUGCUAUCAUUGUUGCUGUUCUGCGUAUAUCGAGUGCUCAAGGAAGACUGAAGACUUUCUCCACCUGUAGUCCUCAGCUCAUCAUUAUUGCUCUGUUUUUCCUACCCAGAUGUUUAUAUUAUGCAUCUUUUUAUCUUAACGUAGUGUUUAAUAUUAACAUAAAGUUUAGUGCUGAUGUGCAGGUGGUCAUAAUUGUGCUGUAUAGCCUGCUGCCACCAAUGAUUAACCCAUUUAUUUAUUGUUUGAGAACAGAAGAGGUGAAAAAAAUCUUACUGACUAAAUUGCAAAGGACAAAAAUAGGUGUUAAAUUAAGGCGGCCAUGA